CUCUUUUUGUAUCAGUUGACCGAUAAUAUAGAAUCAAAAUUGGUUACAACAGCAGCAACAAGAAGAACCAAACAGAACCCAAAAUCUCUAUUUAUCACCCAUUAAUAAUUCCCGUCAAUCUCUCUUUUUGUAUCAAUUGACCGAUAAUAUAGUUGCGUGGAGCAUCAAAAUUGGUUACCUCAGCAGCAACAAGAAGAACCGAACAGAACCCAAAAUCCCAAAUCUCUCCCUCCGCAUCAAUGGCUGAAACUCCACAUACCCAAUUAGAUACCCAGAAAAAAAUUUCGUUCAGCAUUUGGCCCCCAACACAGCGCACCCGUGACGACGUCGUUCAGCGUCUCAUCGAGUCUCACUCUUCCCCUUCCAUUUUCUCCAAACGUUACGGCACUCUCACAAAAGAAGAGGCUUCAGAUAUCGCCAGGCGCGUCGAGGAAGGGGCCUUUACCUUUGCUGGAUCCUCUGCCUCCUCUGACGACAAUGAAUUCGAGAUCGUUCAUGCAUAUAACGGGGUAUACUCCAAGGAGAUUAGCAAGCGUAUGCUGGAUGCUGUGAAGUCUAUAUCCGCUGCUACCACGACCACUGAAGAUGACAGUGGACCAUGGGAGCCGCUGUAGGAUGCUUCGAAGUCUUCUGCUCGCACGGGGGAAUUCUCAUCCGUUGAAACCAGCCACUGAAAAAUGCAAUUGAGGUCAUUUAGUUUCGAAUAAUUGACUCUGCAGUGAGAAAAAUUAUAGGUUUUAGUUAGUUUAGUUUUACUGAGAUCUCAUUGUGUUGUUUAUGGAUUAUGUAGAUCGAUAUAUAUAAUGUUGGAUCAAUUGAAACAUCUAUUUGAGAGCCUUUGGAUUCA